CAAGUCAUUGACGUGAUUGGUCGAGGACGCUUCAGCGCUGCGUCGUCUGACAGCACUGGGAAUACCAAAGCAUGCUGGUGCUAUCUGUGCGCGACGAUUCCGACAAUGGUGAACUUACCAGACCCAGUGCAUCAUACGAACCUCCCAAUCAAGAAUAUCUGCAAGUUGCUGUUUUUCAAAGACGUCAUUGCAACCAUACGACGCACCUUACAGUUCUUCUCGAAGUCAGACCAAUCUGCUGAAGAGUUGGCUGUCAUCCGUGAACGUCUCACGAUACCCCGCGGGCUUGAGAAGAUCGGGAAGACACACUUUGCAAUGAUAAUCCGAGCCUCUGUGGCAAUGCGGCGGUGCCUUCCUGCACUUCGUGAGGGCUGUUCGAGUGGUAAAAUUACUGUGGAGGAAAUGCACGAAUGCUUUGUGCGCGACUCACCAUCAACAUUAGCGUUCGAAACCCAGCUCAAUCAACUAUUGAGCGUGGGUCUGCCUUAUGCAAAGACGAUCGUCUGCCUCGAGUCAACCCAGAUGACCAUUGCUGAUGUUUUCAUCUACUGGUGUGGAAUCGCAGUGUCAUCAAAACAAGUGCUUGCACAGAGAGCCUCGGGUAUCCCAGAUAUUGUGAAGGGAGAGCUCCGUGCAAUCCUCAAUACGCGCUGGGUGGAAAUGUUUGAGGAUGGACCUACCAACGCACAUCUGUCUGCAGUAUAUCUCAAUCUGAGUGAGUGGCGCCACACUGAUUAA